GAUAGCGCCCACACACACACAGACAUAAAGCAAAAGCCUUUAGAGCUUUUCCUUCACCACUCUCAAAAUCUUCGAGCCUGCGUAUAGGAGACGAGGGUUUCAUCUCCUUCUUUCAUCGGAGAAAGAAACAUUCUUCAAAUCUCUCUGCAUUGUAACCGGAAAACAGCUCUUCGAUUCUCGGGAUCUUCAUCUCUUGUUUCCGAAUCGUAUGAAUGCUGGAUAUGGAAAGAGUUGCUGAGCUCAAGAGGCUUCCUAGUAAAGCUCCUCUCUCAACAAGACAACAAUACUUAGACUUUGAAAGCAGAGACAACGUUACACAUUCCAGGGAACCAGCUGCUCGUUACAACAACAACAAGGGAGUAAGACCAGCGAAUCCCACCACCACGACGACGUUAGGGAGAGAGCUAAGCCAAGUUCUGAAUGUGCAUAGAGAAGAUGAUACGAUGAUGAUGAUGAUGGCUGACUUUCAGGAGUUUGAGCCUGUGGUCAGGCCAAUGAUGGAGUCAUCAUCAAAGUAUCCUCUGCUGGAGAUUGAAGAGGUCGUGGCUGAUGAUGAACCCGGUUCCAGCUCAUUCCGUGGCGUUAGUCAUCCUCCAGAGCCCGACGACAUGGAUCUCAUAACAACCGUUUACGUCCCUACUUCCAAAGGACCUUUCCUCGAGGAGCCUGCAGCAUCUCCCUUCUCCGCGGCUCGCGCGUCUCAGAACACGGAUAACUCUCUCCCACCCCUUGAUUCGGACAAGGAAUGCGUCUGGGACGCUAGCACGAACGCUAGCCCGCAUAACAGCAGCGCGGAGAGCGUGAACUUCGCCAGAGCGAUGAGUAUGGCUAACAGCACCUCUGCAGCUACUACUACGCAGAGGAACGACGUUGUGCUUAGCAUGGACAAAAGCUACAACAUGGUGUUCGAUUCGUUCGAGAGCAGGAGAGCGAGCGACAGCAGCUGCUUGAGCGAAGAGAGCAGCUGGAGCAACUUCACGGGGAGUCUCAACAAGCCGCACAAAGGGAACGAUCCGAGGUGGAACGCGAUCUUGGCGAUCAGGACGAGGGACGGUGUUCUAGGGAUGAGCCACUUCAAGCUGCUGAGACGGUUGGGGUGUGGCGAUAUAGGGAGCGUGUAUCUGGCUGAGCUGAGCGGGACGAGGUGUCAUUUCGCUGUGAAAGUGAUGGACAAGGCUUCGCUUGAGAACAGGAAGAAGCUGAACCGAGCUCAGACCGAGAGGGAGAUUCUUCAGCUGUUGGAUCAUCCGUUUCUGCCGACGUUGUAUACUCAUUUUGAGACGGAUAGGUUCUCUUGUUUGGUUAUGGAGUAUUGUCCUGGUGGUGAUCUUCAUACUUUGAGACAGCGCCAGCCUGGGAAGCAUUUCUCCGAGUAUGCUGCUCGGUUUUACGCUGCAGAGGUGUUACUAGCACUCGAGUAUCUCCACAUGCUAGGUGUUGUCUACAGAGACUUGAAACCCGAGAACGUUCUGGUUCGAGACGAUGGUCACAUAAUGCUCUCAGACUUCGAUCUCUCCCUGAGAUGCGCUGUUUCUCCAACACUCAUCAAAACCUUCGACUCAGAUCCAUCAAGACGAGGUGGCGCCUUCUGCGUUCAACCAGCUUGCAUCGAGCCUACGUCAUCUUGCAUCAUCCAACCCUCGUGCUUCCUACCUCGCCGCAUCUUCCCUAGCAGAAAGAACAAGACUCGCAAAACGCAGACUGAUCUCUUCAAGUCACACCACUCGGGCUCUCUCCCGGAGCUGGUAGCCGAGCCUAACACGAGGUCGAUGUCCUUCGUGGGGACGCACGAGUACUUAGCUCCGGAGAUCAUCAAAGGAGAAGGACACGGGAGCGCGGUGGACUGGUGGACUUUCGGUAUCUUCGUGCACGAGCUUUUGUACGGUAAGACGCCGUUUAAAGGGUCGGGAAACAGAGCGACUCUGUUCAACGUGGUGGGAGAACAGCUGAAGUUCCCUGAGUCGCCGGCCACUAGCUACGCGGGGAGGGACUUGGUUCAGGCGUUGCUGGUGAAAGAUCCGAAGAGCAGGUUGGGGACGAAGAGAGGAGCGACGGAGAUAAAGCAGCAUCCGUUUUUCGAAGGAGUGAACUGGGCGUUGAUAAGGUGUGGUACUCCUCCUGAAGUGCCGAGAAUGAUGGAGACCGAACCGCCUCCCAAGUAUGGACCGAUUGAUCCUGUUGGGUUUGGUAGUAAUAGCAAGAGAAUGAUGGGACCACCACCACCACCAGUAUCAGCAGCAGCAUCAGCAGGAGGAGGAGCAGGGGGAGAUACCAAAGCUGGUGGUAAAUUUCUAGAUUUUGAGUUUUUCUGAAGCUUUGUUGGUUUGUGUUUGGUCUCCUUAAUUAGCAGUUUUAGUCUUCUUAUCUCUCAUAGUAACUUAAGAGGUCCUUUUUUUUGUUUGUAUGGGAGAUUAAAUCUUUAUUCCAUGUAAAACCAAAACUUUUGUAAGGACAUGGAAAGCUCCAAGUCUUGAGAAAAUCUCCUUUGGUAAUACUACUUGUCGGAAUGCA